UUAAAAAAGUGAAAAACAUCCUCCACAACUUUACCAAAUCCACAAACAAAAACUUUACAACAAGAAAAAAAAAAUGACAUCAAUAAGCAAUGCAGUUAGCCAACCAAUUUUAGCAUACGAUCGACGAGAAGAUGUAAUGAAAUUCGAAGACACAAAACUCGGAGUUAAAGGCCUAGUUGACUCAGGAAUAACUCGUAUACCUUCUAUCUUCCAUCACCCUCAACAAAACCUGGUUAACUCACCCAACUCGGUUGAUGUGGAUCCUAUACCCGUGAUCGACCUUUCUGACCCGACACCUGAUGUGGUGGAUCAGAUCAGAAAAGCUGCAGGAAAGUUCGGGUUUUUUCAGGUGAUUAACCAUGGAGUACCAGUCUCUCUCCUCGACCGGCUGGUUACCGGAGUGAGGGCGUUUCAUGAACUACCGGAUGAGGAGAGGAUGAGUCAUUACCGGCGAGAUCCGGUUAAUGGUGUUAAUUACUUUUCGAAUGUUGAUUUGUUUGUAUCUAAAGCUGCUAGUUGGAGGGAUACUUUGCAGUUGAGGCUUGGACCUAUUAUGGCUGAUAUUGAUGCUAUUCCUCCUAUUUGCAGAAGUGAGAUACUUGAAUGGGAUAAGGAAGUAAAACAACUAGGUGAAAAGCUCAUGGGACUACUCUCUCAAGGAUUGGGAGUGAACGCAAAUAAGUUGGAAGAGAUGUCAUGUUUAGGAGGAAGAGUCAUGGUUGGCCAUUACUAUCCAUAUUGUCCCGAACCUAACAAAACAGUUGGGAUCGCACACCAUACAGAUCCCGGCAUUCUUACAGUACUACUGCAGGAUCAAGUUGGUGGAUUACAAGUUAAACAUGACGGAAAAUGGGUUGAUGUCAAACCAGUCCAUGGGGCACUUGUCAUCAAUGUUGGUGACUUGCUUCAGAUCAUAUCGAAUGACAAGUACACGAGUGUAGAGCAUCGAGUGUAUGCUAAUCCUCUGCAUGAACCACGGGUCUCAGUUGCAGUGUUCUUCAACCCGAGCAUGAGGGAGAACUUGUAUGGACCGUUACCAGAGGUAGUAUCAGCUGAAGAGCCUGCACUUUACCGGGAAUUCACAUACACAGAAUUCAUUACCAGGUUCUUCAAGAAGGAGCUGGAUGGAAAGUCCUUGGCCAAGUACUUCAGUUUGGAAAACAAGGAGUGAUUGGUAUUUACUUCAUGUAUGGUAUAUAAUGUGGGCAUGAUCUGUGAUUAUGUAAUUACACGCUGUGAUCAUGUAUUAUACCAUGUAUCAUCUAAUCAUGGUGAUGCACAAUACAGGGCAUUUUAAUCCAAGAAUUGAAAUA